UUGCGUCAGUCAUGUACGAAGCGGUCGGCGUUAGAUUAUAAUGGAAAUUGAAAUAAUUCGGAGAUCAGCUGAAGACAACUGCAAUUGUGGAAUAGCAAAAACAUGUUUCAAAAAUUCUGUGGGUGUUUUAAAUAUAGAUUUGCGGCGAUAUUGAUGGCGUACUUAUGCUUGGUCAUAGGUGUAAUUGGUACGAUAUAUUAUAUGGUAAAACUGUAUUUAAAAUCAGAAAAAUCUGACGAAGAAUUCUUGACAGUAUGUAUUUUUCAUUUAAUUGCAAGCGCAAUAUUAACGUCAGCAAUAGUAUGGGAAGUACGAGUACUGAUUUUGGCAUACGAGUUCUUGCAUUUAUCAAUCCAAAUAAGUUUGCUUACAUUUGCAACAAUUUACGUUCGAUCCCAUAUACUAUAUUGGGGAUUUAUAUGUUGGACUGGUUUGUUCGUCUACUGGGAAUACUGCAUUCACAUGUACCUCCGGCAGUUAGAAAUGAAGUUGAAAAGUACAAUUUAUUACGUAGAUAACGAUGUCUAUAGUGUUUGCAACCGCAUCUAUACCAACAAAAUAUCAGUUUAA